UCAUUUUUCAGCAUCAAACCCUCAGUUUUCUCUCUCUAACUUUCUCUCUCUAAACUCGUCUGCAUUCAACAAUGGCUCCAAGUGCGAGCAAAGUGGGGUCAAUAGCCCUCGACAAACACUCAAACUUCACCGUCAACGACCAAGUCUUCCUCUCCGAAGUCCCGGCCAACAUCUCCGCCACCGCCACCGCCGCCGCUGCUCCGGGAUGCUUCGUCGGGUUCGACACUGAAGAGCCCAGCAGCCACCACGUCAUCCCCAUGGGGAAGCUCAAGAACAUCAAGUUCAUGUCAAUCUUCCGUUUCAAGGUGUGGUGGACAACCCACUGGGUCGGGUCAAACGGGUCGGACCUCGAGCGGGAAACCCAAAUCGUGAUCCUCGACAAAUCCGACGACGGUGGCAAACGCCCCUACGUCCUCCUCCUCCCGCUCAUCGACGGCCAGUUCCGGGGCUCCCUCCAACCCGGAUCCGACGACAACAUCGACAUCUGCCUCGAGAGCGGGUCGACCAAAGUAACCGGAUCCUCAUUCCGGGCGGCGCUGUACAUGCACGCCGGCGACGACCCGUUCACCCUGGUCAAAGACGCCAUCAGGGUUGCCAGGGCCCACCUCGGAACCUUCAAGCUUCUCGAGGAGAAAACCCCGCCGGGGAUCGUCGACAAGUUCGGGUGGUGCACGUGGGAUGCAUUCUACCUUACGGUGCACCCUCACGGCGUGUACGAGGGUGUCCAGGGUCUGGUCGACGGCGGCUGCCCGCCGGGGCUUGUCCUCAUCGACGACGGGUGGCAGUCCAUCUGCCACGACGAGGAUCCGAUAACAUACGAGGGAAUGAACCGGACCUCAGCCGGCGAGCAGAUGCCCUGCCGGCUGAUCCGGUUCCAGGAGAACUACAAGUUCAGGGACUACGAGAGCCCGAAUAAGUCCGACCCGGCUAAGAAAACGGGUAUGGGUGCGUUCGUGAGGGAUUUGAAGGAUAAUUUUAAGAGUGUGGACUAUGUUUACGUGUGGCAUGCGUUGUGCGGAUACUGGGGUGGACUGAGGCCCGGUGUGCCGGGGUUGCCGGAGGCGACGGUGAUUGCGCCGAAGCUGACGCCUGGAUUGGAAACGACGAUGGAAGAUUUGGCGGUUGAUAAGAUUGUGAAUAACGGGAUCGGGCUUGUGCCGCCGGAGCAGGCGGAGGCGAUGUAUGAGGGGCUGCACUCGCACUUGGAGUCUGUUGGUAUCGAUGGAGUCAAAGUUGACGUCAUCCACUUGCUGGAAAUGCUAUGCGAGGAUUAUGGAGGAAGAGUGGAUCUAGCAAAAGCGUACUACAAAGCAUUGACAACUUCAGUGAAUAAGCAUUUCAAAGGGAAUGGUGUUAUUGCCAGCAUGGAGCACUGCAACGACUUCAUGUUCCUCGGCACCGAGGCUAUUACCCUUGGCCGUGUCGGGGAUGAUUUUUGGUGCACUGAUCCAUCGGGCGAUCCCAACGGCACGUUCUGGCUGCAGGGUUGCCACAUGGUGCACUGCGCCUACAACAGCUUGUGGAUGGGCAACUUCAUCCACCCCGAUUGGGACAUGUUCCAGUCGACGCACCCCUGCGCCGAGUUCCACGCGGCCUCGCGCGCCAUCUCUGGUGGGCCCAUCUACGUGAGUGACUCGGUGGGCAAGCACAACUUCCCGCUGCUCAAGAGCCUCGUCUUGCCCGACGGCUCCAUCUUGAGGUGCGACUACUACGCGUUGCCCACCCGCGGUUGCCUCUUCGAGGAUCCACUCCAUGAUGGCAAGACUAUGUUGAAGAUUUGGAACCUCAACAAGUUCACCGGAGUGGUGGGUGCAUUCAACUGCCAAGGCGGAGGGUGGUGCCGCGAGACAAGGCGCAACAAGUGCGCUUCGGAAUACUCCCACGCCGUCUCCUCCGUGGCGGGCCCGAGCGACAUCGAGUGGAAGCACGGCAACAAGCCGGUACUCGUCGAAGGGGUCAAACUAUUCGCCAUGUACAUGUUCCGCGAAAAGAAGCUAAUCAUCUCCAAGCCCUCGGGAACAAUUGACAUUACGCUCGAGCCCUUCAACUUCGAGCUAAUUACGGUUUCACCCAUCACUGUUCUAGCCCACAACUCGGUCCAGUUCGCUCCGAUCGGGCUAGUGAACAUGCUCAACACGGGUGGGGCGAUCCAGUCGUUGGCGUAUAAGGCGAGCACUGUAAGAAUUGGAGUGAAGGGAACUGGAGAGAUGAGGGUUUAUGCCUCGGACAAGCCUUUGGCAUGCAAAGUCAAUGGGAAGAGUGUUGAAUUUGGGUACGAGGGUAGCAUGGUCAUUACACAAGUGCCGUGGCCAGAGUCUUCUGAGGAUUCUAUGGUUGAAUAUUUGUUUUGAUAUAAACAAAUUUUAUAAAAUUUAAAUUUAAAACUAUGUGUGCUAUAAAUCUGGGGAUUUACCUUCAUUUUUCCCCAUGAUGAUAAAUUGGGAUGUACUUUUAUUUGAAUCAAGAAAUGUAUCUCCGAGUAAUAAACAAUAAUAAAUAAGUUCUUUUUUCCCUAAUUU